AUGGAUUUCAGAAUUUUACUGGUUUCCUGUUUCAUCUCAGCUUCGAUCAAUUUUUUGGGUGUAGAAGGAGGCGAAUCGAAAAUAACUUUAGAAGUACCAGCUUUACAUGGUGUGCCAGGACAAUUAAGACAACACUCGCAUAUGGUAUAUAAACUAGUAAAGGUUCCGGGGAAAAAAGAAAAAAGAAGUCAUAGCGAUCAUCAUCACGGACAUCAUCACGAUCAUAAGGGACACGCUAAGGUGGAACAUGUGGGUAAAUUUGAACACGUUCACAAGCACAUUCACGAACACAAGGGUGAAUUGAAAACGGCUCCACUUCAUCACAUUCACAAUCACAAAUACGAUGGUUCCGUGGGUGUCGAUCACAAGCAUCACGGAUAUGUCGAUCACAAAUAUCACGGAGCUGUAGAUCACGGACACAGUGGACAUGUUGGCCACGGACACCAAGGUCAUAUUGGACACAAACACGAGGGUCAAGUUGGACACGGUCACAAGGGACACAUCGGUCACGGACACGAGGGUCAUGUGGGACACAAACACGAAGGUCACGUCGGACACGGUCACAAGGGACACAUCGGCCACGGACACGAGGGUCACGUUGGACACGAGCACAAAGGUCAUAUCGGUCACGGUCACGAAGGUCAUGUCGGACAUGGACACAAGGGUAGCAUUGGACACAAACACGAAGGACAUGUCGGACACGCACACGAAGGACACAUCGGUCACGGACACGAAGGUCAUGUCGGACACGGACACAAGGGUAGCAUUGGACACAACCACGAAGGACACGUCGGACAUGAACAUAAGGGACACAUCGGCCACGGACACGAGGGUCAUGUGGGACAUGGCCACGAAGGACACGUUGGUCACAAUCACAAAGGACACAUUGGUCACGGUCACCAAGGACACGUCGGUCACGAUCACAAGGGACAUAUCGGCCACGGUCAUGAGGGUCACGUCGGACACAAACAUGCCGGUCACGUCGGACACAAGCACGACGGUCACAUUGGUCACUACAAAGGCAGCCAUCACGGAAGCAGCCACGGCGAUUACGCCGAAUUUUCUGAAAGCUCUCAAGCAUACGCCAGCCCUCCGUACAAUUCAGGUUAUUACGAAGACGGUGACAGCUACGGUCAUUUUUCUGAACCUCUUCCAAAAGUUGGUGCAUCUGAACCCAUUCAAGAACAAUCUCAAUCCUUUCCGAGCACCGUGAACAAAAACCAACAAGGAAAUUUGGAAUACUCAUCCGGAGCUUCGAAUCCAGCCCUCAACGCUCAAGCUACCAACUUAGCCGAUUUUAACCCACUCGAACAAACAUCGUUAGCCGGAAUUGACAUUGUUGCCAAAUCUUUUGGUAAAGAUAUUGGUGAGCAAAACAGAGCAGAAGGUGAAAAUGUUGGCGAGAGAAUUGGAAAACAAAUUCCAAACAAUUUCUUUUCCAUAGAGGGUGAACUAAAUGCCUUCAAAGAUGGCCUCGCCAUUAAUCCAAAAAACAACCCUUAUCAAGUUUACGAAUUUCCAGGCUAUUAA